AUUGAAUCCUCACCAUGUAAUUCACACUAGCCACACAUAAAAAAAUAUCACAUCCUCCGAUUCAGUGUGAUCACCGGAAAGUUGAUAUGGAAGAACACAACAACCACCACCGGCAGCCUCUCUUACCAUCAAUCUCCGACAACCACGAAGAACAACAACAAUUAAAACUCGAAGUGUCGGUAAUGGAACGAACAUGGGUAGAAUCAAACAAGUUUUGGCAAAUCUCCGGUCCAUCCAUCUUCGCCCGUAUUUGUUUAUACUCCCUUGCUGUCGUAACACAGUCAUUCGUUGGCCACAUUAGUGACACCGACCUCGCCGCCAUCUCCAUCGCCACCACCGUCAUCACCUACAUCACAUUCGCCUUCUUGCUAGGACUGUCAGGCGCUAUAGAAACUCUUGGCGGCCAAGCGUAUGGUGCAAAACAAUAUGACAUGUUAGGAAUCUACUUGCAACGAUCAUGGGUUGUUUUGCUUGUAGCUUCGGUUUUAUUGCUACCACUUUUCAUCUUUGCAACUCCAAUACUCAAGCUAAUCGGACAACCAGAAGAGGUGGCAGAGUUGGCUGGAAUGGUGGCGAUGUGGCUUAUUCCGAUGCAUAUGAGCUAUGUUUUCCUCUUUACUUUGCUGAAAUUCUUGCAGUGUCAGCUGAAGAUGGCGGUCAUUGCUUGGAUGACCGGUGUAGCUCUUGCAAGUCACCUUUUUGUUAAUUGGUUUUUUGUUUAUAAGUAUAAUAUGGGUGUUGUUGGGGCGGCGAUCAUGCUUGAUGUGGCUUGGUGGGUGCCUGUUUUUGGGAUGUUUGUGUAUGUUGUGUUUGGUGGGUGUCGUGAAUCUUGGACUGGUUUCUCUAUGCAAGCGUUUUCAGGGUUAUGGGAGUUCUUUAAACUCUCAGCUGCUUCCGGUGUAAUGCUUGUGCUUGAGAGCUUUUACUAUCGAGUAUUGGUUAUAGUAGCUGGAAGCUUGGGGAACAAUGAGAUCGAUAUCAACGCGCUUUCUAUAUGCAUCACUGCUUAUGGUUGGGAGAUUAUGAUUCCAUACGGAUUCUUGGCUGCAACAGCUGUUCGUGUAGCAAACGAGCUCGGAGCAGGCAACGCAAAAGGCGCGAUAUUUGCCACCAAGAUAUCGUUGCUAACAUCAAUCCUUGUCGGCCUAGUGUUUUGUGCACUAAUCGUUGCAUUUCCCGAUAAACUAGCAAUGAUCUUUACUUCAAACAACAUUGUCAUUAGCAUGGUGGAUGAACUCUCGGUAUUGUUAUCGCUCACCGUUCUUUUUAGUUGCAUUCAACCAAUUUUUACAGGAGUAGCACUUGGUUGUGGUUGGCAAUCCCACGUUGUCAUUGUUAAUCUUGUAAGCUGCUAUGUUGUUGGACUUCCUCUUGGUGUUGUACUAGAAAGAUUUCUUGGUUUUGGCAUUAAGGGUCUUUGGGCCGGAAUGUUGGGUGGGACACUCGUCCAAACGUUGUUACUAGCCAUCAUAACUAUUAGAUGUGACUGGGAUAAACAGGCGAAAGAAGCACACUCUCGUGUUGUAAAUCGAGCAAUAUCAAGUUAAUCAAAGUUUGUGUAAAAUAUGGCUACUACUCGGUGAAUAUGAUACAAGCCAAGCAACAUUGGGGUUUUCUUAUUUAUGUUGAUCAAAUAAUUAAAGUUAGUGAUUAAAACAAAAAAGGUUCCUGUUGUGGUUAUUACAUGACUUGUUUUAAAGGUAUUGUAUUCGAAUAUGUAUUUAUGCUAAAAGCAUAUUAAUAGACACGUCAUGAGAUUUUUACCUUGGAA